ACGAGGGGGCGCCAAGAGCCCUGCCCGCACGCCGCGACGCCCGAGCGGAGCGCCACCACAACCAAAGGAGACCUUCCCAGCCAGCAGGCCGCCAGGCCGCCACCGCCACCGCCACCGCCACCGCCACCCCGUCCUGGCUCCUGCUCCUCCGCCCAGCAGCUCGCGCUAGGUGCUCCAAAUAGCAAGCGCAGUCAUCACGCCCGCCCGCCGCGCCCCCAGACACCACCCCCACCGCAGCCCCGCCUCGGGCUCUCUCUCCCUCUGGAUCCCUCAGCGCGUGCAAGCACGGCACGGUCGGUCCAUGCGUGCGAAUUGACUCGCGCACACACGCCACUCGCUCUCUCUUCUCCAUCAUCAGCUCCCCCGGCGCCUUGCUCGUCAGCUACAGUGCCUCGCUCCGUCUCCGAGGCCGGCGCGGCGGCGCGCGCGAGAUCUGGUCCUGGUCGAGCUAUCUCGGGCGGCGUCCAUGGGCGGGCCGGGCAGCGGCCGGUGCCUGCGACGGGGCCUCUCUGCCGCCGUGCUGCUGCUGCUGCUGCUCCUCCUCAGCUCCUCCGCUCUCGGGACGUGCACGUCGGCGAGGGGGAGAGCCGCCGGUCGGGUGGCGCCGGAGGAAGGGUACUCCUGGGACCCCGGGACGGCGGCGGCGCGGCGGGGGCUGGUGGGGCCCGGGUCGUCGCCGCCGACGUGCCGCAGCCGGUGCGGGGGCUGCCACCCCUGCCGGCCGGUGCACGUCGCCAUCCAGCCCGGCCGGAGCUUCCCGCUCGAGUACUACCCGGAGGCCUGGCGCUGCAAGUGCGGCAACAAGCUCUUCAUGCCCUGACCCACCGCCCCAAGCUCUUCCUACGCGCGGGCUCAUGCUGACGCUGACGCUGAGGCCGAUGCUUCGCUCACUCACUGAAGCUAGCUAGUUAGCUCGCCAAGGCGUCAGCUGCGUCGCCAUGGCUGGUGGCUGCACCGCGCCCAUGUGAGCUAGUUGCAGUACGACGACUACUACUACUGGUCGUGGAGGAGACAGAGACAAGGAAGAGAACACGGUAAGCAAGGAAGAAGCGACUUGGUUGGAAGAGGAGACGAGAUGAGGAGAUUUGCCCGAGAAAAAACUCGUGGAUGGAGGCUUCGAUUCUAUCAGCGAGUGAUUGAAACAACAUUGCUGAGCUGAGUUCUUGGAUGCAUACGAGUGUAAUCCGUUGUAAGUAACCGGUUGUCUGUUGUGUGUACAAAGAGAGCGAUGCCGAUGUCACCAUUUUUGUUCUUCCUUUCCUGCCUUUUGCUUCCUGCGGCUGUUUAUUUGUUCUCGACUUCCUUUCGGUUCGUGGGAUAUUAGUAAUUCCCCUGCGAUUAUCAGCUGUACCGUGAACUCCUUGGUCCCCCGGACAUAACGUUGAUCAUCCUGUA